AAAGCAAUAAUGGAACCUUACGAGGAACCUUAUGAGGAAUCUUACGAGAUGACGAAUCCCUACGAGAUGAUGGAGCCUUAUGGAAUGAUAGAAGAUGAUUUUGAUGAUUAUCUUGGUAAUUUUAACUAUGAAGUUGCAGAAAGUUCAGGAACCUCGAUGGAAACCUUUUCAUCAACAACUAUUAAACCAAACAUUCAGACGAGUUCUAAUUUUCCAUCUUCGGAAAGCAAAAAUAAAGGUAAUAAAAUUAGUAUAAGAAAUCCUAAAAUAGCCAAACAAUUCAUUCUUAUAAUUUUUGUUUUAGCCAAAAAAACCGAAAAUAAAAGACCAUAUAAACAUAAAAAUCCAUCAUUUACUCAGGAUUAUUUUGAAAAAAAAGUAAUUGAUAGUGAGGAAUUUCGGGUUUGCAAAAUCAUAAAUGAAAAAAGUGGUCAAAAAUAUUCCAAAAUUACUGAAUUUGUACGGAAAGUUAAACCUCAUUCUCAAUGUAUUCAAAAAAGACAUGAGGAAGUGCUUCUCAAAUGGAUAUUGCGUUCAAACCAGCCUCUCUCUACAGUCACUGACGAAGCAUAUAAAGAAAAAAUAGCUGAAUUUGAUCCUUCCUUUAUUAUUCCGGGAGAAAAAAAAAUCAGAACUAUGAUUGCCAAAAGUUACAAUUAUAACCAGGAGAACUUACAGAACCUUCUUACCCAAAAUAUAGAAAACAUUUCACUUACGGCAGACUUUUGGUCCAGUAAAGCUAGACAUGGGUAUCUAGGAAUUACCGCCACUUGGAUUACUCCAACUUUUGAAAUUAAGGAUAUAAUGUUAGAAAAUAAGUAUGUUCCCUCGCUGCAUACUAGUAGAGCUAUUUCUGAAGAACUUCAUAAGUGUAUUGAAACCUGGAAUCUUAGAGAUUGUAUAACAUCAAUCACCACUGACAACGGAUGUAAUAUGGUCUCAGCUUUUCCUUUAUUAAUUCAAAAAAAAGGAUGCGAAAAGAUCAAGUGCCUUUCAUGUUCAGCUCAUACUCUUCAGUUAGCAAUUGGAAAAGGACUAGCACCAGCAGAGAUUUUAGUUGCCCAUACAAAAAGACUAAUUCAAUUCUUUCAAUAUCAAAAACAGAUAGAACGAUUAGAGGAGGUGCAAAAAAACUUUGGUUAUUCAGAUAUUUUGCGUUGCAUUCAAUACAUGACCACUCGCUGGAACUCUCUAUAUUAUUCUUGGAAUCGUCUUUUUUUUUUAAAGGAUGCUAUAAUUCAGCUUCAGACGAAUUUAUAUACUUCACAGGAUCAGGAAAUAAAAAAAGAUGGGACAAAAUUAAAAAGGAUACUUCUCUCGGAUGAUGAAUGGGAACUAUUGGACCAACUUAUCGACUUGUUGAUGCCAUUCGAGAAUGCAACACGAGAAUUUUCAGGAAAUACGUAUAUAACAUUAAGCAAGGUUAUUCCAACUAUUAAGGAAAUGAUUUUUGAUUUGGCAUGUGAAACUCCUCCAAAUAAUAAUCUGUUUUUGGACGAGGCUACCAUAUUUGAAUCAGAUAAUGAAGAUAUGCGGCCCAUUGAUUUUGAUGAUGAUGACAUUAUAAGUAACGUUACAAAAAAAAAAAUUUCAAUUAAAAAUCCGUUAGAUACGACAGGUAUCUUAGAACAAAUUAAAAAAAAUAUUUAUGAUGCACUUAUCAAUUAUUGGAACGAUCCAAACGAUCUUGGUUUGAUGGUAGCUUUGCUAGAUCUACGUAAUAAAAGUUUAGAUUUUCUAGAAGAUGAUUCCGAAAAGCAACUAACUAUUCAAAGACUUUAUGAUGAAUUUAAUGAAUUAGAAGAACCAAUGUCUGAACUAUCAAUUCAUCCAACUCCACCUAACACAGAAUCUACAAUGCGAUCUCACAAAGAGUAUCUUCAGCAACGGCAACUGAAAAGAAAAAAGAAAGAUAAAUCA